GAUUUUUGGAGUUCAGUUAAGAAGGUUCUGCCCCAUUUGUUAAAACAACACAACAUUCAUUGGCUAGCAAAUAGAACACAGAACACGUGCACAGUUUUCCACACAAUAUUACACAACAUCAUGCAUAAGCGUAAACGGCGGUUUCUAAAAAAAGGAGAAAACCUGAUGAUGUUGCGAACGAUACGAUUGGAAAAAGCAAAAAAGGCUGAGCAACAGAAGGAGCUGACCAUACUCAACGCUAUAACCAAAUGCAAAUUAGCCUCCUCGGAAGUUAUUCCUGGCGUCAAGGAGCUGCUGCAGAACAAUACGAUAGGAAACCUGGUGGAGUCGCUUGGCCGCGGAAAUAAGAAGAAAAUUCGAGCCGAGGCCGCAGAUGCUCUAGCUCACAUAGCCAGUGGCUCAGCUGAACACUCAAAUUUAAUUGCCAAGGCUGGCGCAGUGCCUCGAUUGAUUCGACUCUUUCAAUCAUCCGAUCCUGAAGUCAGUGAAAAGGGGGUUUUGAGCUUGGGAAAUCUCUUACACUUUGCGCCAAACCUUCGCGACUUUAUCAUCAGUCACGGAUUCGUGGAAAAGAUGUUGGCCAUAAUUCAGGAUACAAACACUUCUCUAAUUUUGAGUCACUUAACCUGGGUUCUAAGGAAACUGUGCAUUAGUCCUCAACCGUCGCCACCUGAUGACAUAGCUGGCAUUCUUCAGGCAUUGAACAUUCUAUUGUACAAACCAGAGGCCAAGAUUCUGGAAGACUCACUGAUGGCAGUGCGUAAUUUGGCCCACGGAAGUGAGAUGAUUCAAAUGCUCCUUGGCAGUGAAGUGAUACCCAGGAUCAUUUAUCUACUGGAGCAUGAUGACGCCAUGGUUCAGAAGGCCGCGGUUCAAGCCCUCAGAAAUAUUGCAUCUGGAUCCGCGGAGCAGAUUCAAGAGUUGCUUAAGCACAAUCUUUUGCCCCAUAUAUCGGCUCUGAUGUCGCAUACCGAUGCAGAUAUUCGCUGUCAAGUUCUGUGGCUUCUGCUGAACGUCGCCGAUGGAAAUCAUUGCCAAAGACAGGCCAUUAUGAACGCAGGUCUGCUGCCCAAAAUACUGGAGAACUUAAAAGCCGAAGCGAUUCCCUUGAAAUCUGCAGCUGCCUUGACAAUCAGCAUGCUGGCUAUUGAUAAGGACAAGAAUCUCCUGUGCUAUCUUAUGAGACAGGGUGUUAUCCCGGAGUUCUGCAAUUUACUGUUCUACGAGGACACGGAAGUCAUAUGCAAUUUGCUCCAAGUCCUGAGCACCAUGCUAGAUGUGGACCCAUCUUUUACGGCCGAGGUGACCGGCAUCAUCGAAUGGAGUGGAGCACUGAACAAUAUCAAGAUGCUCCAAGGCAAUGAAAAUGAGGAAAUCUCCUCGGUGGCACGUAAAAUCAUUAGUAACUACUUUUCCAACUAAAUUCUGAUGUGUUUCAUCUUCAUUAUUCAUAUAAUUUUAUACUUUUACAGCCAAAUUCCAAAACUUCUACUUCAUCAAGUUGUUUUAUAUUGAGUACAAGUUUUGGUUGAACAUAAAUUUAUUUGAAGUACGUCCAUGUCCUUGAAAAAGAUUGAUCGCAAAAGUAUCCUUUUUAUUUAGUAUUUUUUGUGUGGGAGCCGCAUCAAUUGCACUUCCGCAUGAAAAACAAGUUUCGUGCAAAAGCCAGAUUAUUGCAAUCAUAAAUUUUUAUGAUUUUCCCAUUGGUUGCAGCUCGAGGCAAGAGUGUGUGAAAAGUGUGGGCGGGAAAAGCGUUCGCCGUUCAGCGUUCGGCGUUUGUGUGGGCGGCGUGGGAAAAGUGCUCGCAUACCGCACGGAAUUUUAUGUGUAUUUAAUAGCCUUGCAGAUAUGAUGCAGAAAGUUAUUACACCCAACGCGCCCAAGUCCUCCCAUUCCCGAAGCAAUGCUGUAGGAAGGCGAUAAGUGAGGGGAAAAUAAGCUAUAUAUACUGAUACAUAUUCCCAUAUCAGCUGGCAGGAGUUUGUGUUUUUUCGGCGGCCAUUAAAAUGAAAUUUAAUAUAAACUUAGCGCAAAAUGACGAGGGCCGUAAAAAGCAUAUUGACAUUGCCACAAGAUCAAGCCAUCCCAACCAUCCAUCCAUCCAUCAAUCAAUCAAUCAGGCCUGACACCAGCUGUGGCAGCCACAAAAAUGUAUCCACAGCACAGGACUCUGGUGGCAGGUAGGACGAUGCAAAAAAUGUAAUCUAAUACAAUUACUCAACACUGGCAAACAAGGAGGAGGAGAAGGAUUCCCGGCACGGCGCUAAUGGACGAGUCCCCAAACAUGUCGGAUAUCACAUGUCUACAGCAAAGUUAAAUAACCGAAGGCAAUCGCAGAGUAUCAGAGUAUCAAUGGCCAGGAAAAAGAGUGCGGAUAAGGCCAAAGCCACAGGGCCAUUUACAUCAACAACCCCAACUAACCAAACGAAUGCGUUUGAUUAUUAACCAACAAAAAAGAAAAGAAAAUCCCGGGGUAAGAGUGCAAAUCCUGGCCCGAAAAGAAGAAAAAAAGAAAUUGAAAUUCAUGCUCAUUCGAAGGGUUCUUCCUAUGCUUUUGUUAAGGCCACGGGGCUUACAAGAUGGAAUAUCCUGUUAGGUUGGUUGGACUUGCGGCCCCCCCAAAAGCCUUCUAUUGACGAAAUUAUCAUUUUUGUUGCUUCAAUAAAACGACAGGGCCGAAA